GGCGGCUACAGCCGCAGCCGCGGGCAGCAGCCUUGGGAGCCGGAGCUGGAACGGCCAGGGGCGGCGGCGUUGGCGGCGCUGAGGGAUCUAAAAUGUCCACUGAGGCACAAAGAGUUGAUGACAGUCCAAGCACUAGUGGAGGAAGUUCCGAUGGAGAUCAACGUGAAAGUGUUCAGCAAGAACCAGAAAGAGAGCAAGUUCAGCCCAAGAAAAAGGAGGGAAAAAUAUCCAGCAAAACAGCUGCUAAAUUGUCAACUAGUGCUAAAAGAAUUCAGAAGGAACUUGCAGAAAUUACGUUGGACCCUCCUCCCAAUUGUAGAUUUUAGAAGUUUUCCUUUUAAGUGUUGCUGGGGAUUGAACCCUCACCUUGGACAUGCUAGGUACUCUGCUAAGUAUGUUACCUGACACUUUCUAAUUCUCAAAACUCGUAGAGUCCUUGUGGUUGUGAUCCUCACUUGUGGGGUCAUAAUGAGCCUACAGCUUAGAUGCCUGUUUGAACACCAAAACUGGAGAAGUGUUUGGACCCCAGCCUGAGUACAGCCUGAGUUCAGUCGCCCUUGAUAUACCUCAAGCUCUAUAGACUGCAGACUGCUUAAGGAGGAGGGUAGAUGGCAGCCUCAGGUACUGACUGGAUGCUACUUUUAGAAAGUGAGUAGCAGGCUGAUUUGCCUAGAAGGUGUGGGUCAUGCUAAGCAAAUGGUUUAUACAUAGAAUCAAAGUAACAAAUUUGUUUCAUAAAAUUAGUCAAGAUAAAAGCUUAAUGAAACUAAAAUUAAUUUGACUUCUUGAAUAAGUGUAAUUAUUUUUGCGGUUUUCACUUAACUUGUGUUUUACAGUACCUGAUCUAAGCAUUCAGAGAAAUACCCAUAGGCAGAAUUUCACAGAUGUUGCAGUGAUUAUAUGAAGCAGAUGAAAAUUGGAUGGACACCUUUCAAACAUUUUUAGUUUCACUUUUCUAGGUUCUAGUAAAAUGACUCUUUUGCCAUCAAUUGCUAGUGCCUUAUUUCUAAAUUUGGCCUUGUGUUUUGUUCAUUUGUUUGUAAAUUAUUACUGUGAAAUGACGUAAUACUAUAUUGAAAGGUUCUUUGUUAAGGGCAGGAAGGGGUUCAGUGACUCACAUUGGGAGGUGAAGAUUGGGAGGAUCACAGUUUGAGGCCAGCCCAAGCAAAAAGUUAGUGACCCCAUCUUCAACAAACAAAUUUGAUAUUGUGACUUGUCACUGUAAUCUCAUCUGUGUGGAAGGCUAUAGGUAGGAUUGUGGGUUCGUGGCCUACCCACACAAGACCCUAUCUGAAAAAUAAGGCAAAAAGGUCUGGAGGUA